AUUAAAUCAUGUGUCGGGAUCUUUCUUACUAAACUAAAGAGUGGCAUGUCAAACAAGCUUCUAUCAACAGUGUUCAACAUUGGUAAAGAUUCCAUUCGACGUGCAAUAUCAUCGGCAAGGACGGCACUAAUGAAAGACUUUGUUCCACCAAAUCUUGGCUUUCAGCAUGUAAGUCGACAGGAUGUCAUCUCGAAUCAUACAAGACCACUAGCCCAGACAUUGUUUGGAGGACUAAUGGAACCAGCCAUUCUUGUGAUUGAUGGCACCUAUAUUUAUAUUCAAAAGAGUGGCCAGUUCAUGUUUCAAAGAAGAAGCUACAGCAUGCAUAAACACCGUCCAUUGGUGAAACCUAUGAUGUUCGUCACAACAACAGGUUACAUAGUAAGCGUGUUGGGACCUUACUUUGGAGAUUCAAAAAACAAUGACGCCAGCAUCCUGAAUCAGAUUUUAAAUGCUAAUAUUGAAGAGAUCAAGGAGUGGAUUCAGGAAAACGAUGUAUUUGUGGUUGAUAGAGGAUUUAGGGAUUCUCUCGACCUCUUGAAACAACUAGGAAUCCAAACAGAGAUGCCAUCUUUUUCGAAACAAAAACAACAGCACACAGUUGGAGAAAGCAACGCUUCCCGACUUGUUACAAAAAUAAGGUGGGUGGUAGAAGCUGUUAAUGGACGGUUAAAAACCUGGAAAUAUCUGGAUCGUGUGCUGCCUAACUCACAGAUUCCAUACGUUGGCGAUAUCGUAAGAAUUGUGUGUGCAAUUUGCAACAAAUACUGUAAACCAAUUAGCACUGGCGAUGCAGAGACAGACCAACUCAUUGGAACAAAGAUGUUGUAUCUAUCAAGGAAACAGAACGAACUCCAGGAAAGAGUAGACCGAGAUGGUCUUGUCAAUAGACCAAGUAAGUGGCAGAGGAUGGACAGUAGCGACAUUACAUUCCUUGUUAUGACAGAAGAAGACCUGAGGAACUUGACACUCGGUGUGUACCAGUUGAAAUUAGCAAGGGCAUACACACAGGAGCACAUGAGUGACACAGGAGGUUAUGAUGUAUGUGUUUGCAAAGUAGAUGCUAACCUCAUCAGUGCCAAGAUACAGAGCAGACAUAUUAACUCUAAAACGUACCAACUGUGGGUGUUUUUCGAUGAGUGUACUGUGCAGGGAUGGUACUGUAAAUGUCGUGCUGGGGCCAGAGUAGUUGGGACCUGUUCUCAUGUUGCAUCAGUUGUGUGGUAUUUGGGAUUUGCACGUCAUUUGGACAAAAUUUUUGACUUUAACAAGGACUGGACACAAUAUUUACAAGAUGCCAGCCAUACACCAGAGCCACUCAAUGUUGAUGAAAGUGAUGAUGAGGACAACAACACAGAGGAGUGA